UGACAGAAAAUGUGAUACCCGACAUGGCGGGCUUUACCGAGCGCGACAAAGCCCUAUUUCCAUUAAAAGGUAUCGGGUCCGUCGUUGAAAUAUUCAAAAAUCAACUUGAAAGUAACUUCGAACCGGACUUGACGCUUUUAUCGAUAAUCGCCGGCGCCGUCGAGAACACCCUCACGUGCCGGUCCACGCGCAUCAUGCAGGUACCCGAGCAGAUGUCCCUUCCAAUUAUUGAACUUGCAACCAUCGAAACACUUUAUCAUAAAUUUCACGCCGUUUUAAACGGUUCAGUUGAUGUAUCUGACCAUAAGAAUAAACCGUGCACCAGGGAACUUAUCAAGAAAGUAUCCGAUAUCAUCUGGAGUACUCUUACGAGGAGUUAUUAUAAAGACAGAGCUCAUUUGCAGAGUUUGUAUAGUUUAAUGACGGGUAAUAAAUUGGAUUGUUUUGGAGUUGCUUUCGCUGUAGUUGCUGGAUGUCAAGCGUUAGGGUUUGCAGACGUCCAUUUAGCUUUAUCAGAAGAUCAUGCAUGGGUUGUUUUUGGUGAACACGGUACUGAAACAGCUGAGGUGACUUGGCAUGGGAAAGGAAAUGAAGAUAAACGCGGCCAAGAAAUUGGGAAAGGAGUCUCAGCACGAUCUUGGUUAUAUGUUAAUAAUAAACCUGUAGUUUGUACAAGAGCCAUGGAAGUAGUCGCUUUAGUUUCUGCUAUAAAUCCAUCUUUGGAUGCAACACAUGAUGCAAGCGAAGUUGCAACUCUUCAACAAGAAUUAUUGUGGUUAUUAUACGAUUUGGGGCAUUUAAGUAGAUAUCCGAUGGCGAUUGGAAAUUUGGGUGACUUGGAGGAAAUUGCUCCAACUCCCGGAAGGGUUCCUUGCAGCGUUUUAUUUCAAGAGGCGAUUCUUUCAUCUAGAACUUAUUAUAAUAAUCAACAUGUUUAUCCAUAUACGUAUCAAGGAGGGUAUUUUUAUCGUAAUAAAAUGUAUAAAGAAGCUUUUGAAAGUUGGGCAAACGGUAGCGAUGUGAUUCGAUCAUACAAUUAUUCAAGAGACGACGAAGAAAUUUAUAAAGAAUUUCUUGAAAUAGCCAACGAAUUAAUCCCGUAUAUCAUGAAAAUUGAAAGUUCUGGUUUUAGUGCAAACACAAUUCUUAAAAAACCCGAAUGUUUCGCAAAUUUAUUACGUUUUUAUGAUGGAAUUUGUCAGUGGGAGGAAGGUAGUGCCACCCCGGUUUUACACAUUGGGUGGGCUAAGCCGUUAGUGAAUACGAUUUCGAAAUUUGAUGCGGACGUUCGAGCUCAAGUUAAUAUUGUUUGCGAGGCGGAACACGUUAAUGAAGAUAAAUCGAUUAAUAAAACGAAUGGAAACAGUGUUAAUUGUUUUAAUAACAAUAAUUAUUGUAUAUCUGAAGAGCCGAAAAAUAAAACAGGGGAUCAAGAAACUAAAGAAAAUCUUCAUCCAAGUAUUGAAGCCCUUACGGCGGGGUGUUCAGAAAAAAUUUUAAACCCUGAGUAUUUAUUACAAGGAGGUGGAUCACCUUUUAUGGGUGGUGAUGAAGAAAAAACGAAUGGAAUGAGUCCAAGUACAUCAAAAGUUCAGGAGAAAAAGGAGAUUAUCGAAAAAGAAGAAGAAAAACCAAUUGAUAUUCCCGAUAAAUCUAAACCAACGAUUAUUUUGCAUAGUCAAAAAAUGAAAGAAUUAAAGGGUUUGUUAUUGGCGGAGAAAUUAAAUACGCACGCGAUUUCGUUGCAUUUAACGGCACAAUCGCAGGUGCAAAUUGGUAAAAAGAGUCGUGGUGAGGAUGGUAACGUUCGACCUAAACGAACAAGGCGGGAAUAAAUUAAAAGAAAUUUUUAAUUAUUAAAAAUUAAGAAAAAAGAUUAAGAUAUCUUUUAAAUCUAAAAAAAAAAUAAUAAAAUAAAAAGUAAAUAAUAACAAGAGUAUGAAACGUACAAAAUAUUUACAAAGAAGUAUGAAAUCAAUCACAUAACAAUAAGAUUUAAGUGAAAAAAAAUUUACUAAUAUAAAAUAAAAUAAAACGUAGAAGUACUUAAGUAUUUUAGCGGAUGAUAAAAGGUAAAUUUAAAAUUGAAAUUUAUAACAGGGCUUUAAAUUUUAAUUUUUGUAUUAUUAAUUAAUUUGUCUUUGUUUGAUUGUGAGAGACUAGAAUCAAAAUGAAAGCGUAAGCGGGACUUGCGCAUUGGUUACUUGCCAUUCUUUUUAAACAAUAUUUUCAGGUUGUUUUAUUGUUAUUUAACACUAGAAAUAUCAAGAGAAAAGAAUUUAUUAAAAAAGGGACGUUUAUUAUUCAUUAAUUGGAAACUUGAUCGAUUAAAAUUUUUUGAUAUUUCUUGAGUUAAUGUUGUUAUAAUAAUUCAUAUGUCCAAGAUAUCGGUAGCACAAAAAAAAACACAAAAGUAUUGUUAUAUUUUAUCUAACUACUAUCACAGUAUAUCAUUAUAAUUUUCCCUAAACAUUUUUACUCUGUACUGUUUGCAAAUCUAAUCUGAAAGUUUUUAUAUUAGAGUCUUUGUAGUCUGUAGUCGUUUUCUUUAACAUCACAUUCGUCACUAUUUUGAGUACAGUAACAGCUAGUUAUUGUGUUAAUUGCUGUUGAUGUAAAUGAAGAUGAGUUAUGAUACGAAUCAAGAUUUGAAACUGAACCAAUAUUACUGAAAUGACGACUCUUAAAAAACGUUUUUGAGAUAACCAAGCUAAAAUUCAACUUUGUGAUCUCUAAAAAUUUAUUAAAAAUAAGUAGCGAUAAAAUUUUACGUAUUUUAGAGUUUUUCUUGUGCUACCGACGAUAUACAGGAUGAUUCUCAACCUAUACGCAUAAACUUGGGGAUUUA